CCGUCGGUGGACCCGCCCGCGCCACCCUCGCUCGGCCGGCGGGCGAACCGCACGGAGAGCUGUUGUUUUCGGCGCGGCCCGCCGUGUUCCGUGCUGUGAUUGGUUGGCUGGUUUUCAGCGAAGAAAAGUGUGGUGUUUGUGUGGAUUUCGACCUAGUGCGCCGGGGUGAACUCCCUCCGCUCCGCGACCUCCCCGUUCGACGAGGACGUGCCGCCCGUGAACACAGCGUUCGUCGAGUGGCGUGCGGUGCGCGCGUGUCGCGUGCUGCGCGAUGAUGCCAGGAUAGUGCGGCCCUCUCGGCCCCGCUCGCGCGACGGCACGACGCACGGCCGUGACUGGGGACACGCGGCGCCGCGCGGCCCGGCGGAUGCAGACCAGCGGGAGCCCGUUCUGGCCGUGAUGCGCUGUUGAGAUGUGGUGGAGGUCAUGGCUGCUAGGCUGGGCCGUCCUGGCGGAGGCCCUGUCCGUCCUGGCCUUGGCGGAGGCCUCGCCAUGCUCCUUCAACACCAUGUGCUCCUGCAAGGACAAGGAGGUGGCGUGCGUCGGCGUCCCCUUCCAGCAUCUGCCAGAGCUGCCGCACGAAGCGCUGGAGCACCUGGACGUGGUCCGCGCCGGACUGCCCUGGCUGGAGAACGACGCGCUGGGCGGAGUGCGGGUGUCCUCGCUGCGUCUCAUGAGCAACAGCCUGCAGCGGGUGGCGCCCAGGGCCUUCUCGUCGCUGGCCGACGACCUGCGCUCCCUGGACCUGAGCUACAACCUGCUGGACGAGGUGCCCCUGCACGCCAUGGAGAAGCUGGUCAACCUGGACUGGUUCAACCUGCACGGGUGA